AAAUAUUUCCUAAAUUACGUUACAACGUUACGCUGCCGGUGAACUGUCUGCGAUAAAUGUAUAUAUCUGUAAUAACAAUAAAUUUCUGACUUAUUGCUGGGACUCAUCUCAAAACAAGUUUCAGGUUUGGUAGACCAUGUCGGCUUCUGAUCAUCCCUAUUACUUUACAGGGAACGGAACAUACAGAGCCAUAAACCCUUUAGUGUCGCGAGUGGGAGAUUUUACCCCGUUCUAUAUAGGCAUUGCCAUUAGUUGUGUAAUAUUGGGGUUGAUUCUUAUUCUGAACGUGGUGUGCUGCUGCUCAAGGUUUUCGGACUACUGGCUGGACCGACACACGGGCAACCGCUGGAUUGUGUCCAUCUGGUCUACCACUCCACACAAACAGCCACCACUUGACUUGACUGAGUUAGAGAGUCACUACCAGUCAGUCAACUACAUCCAACCAUACUCCACUGAAUACCACGAGGAAGAGGAACACGGCAGAGGCGACAUCCCUCCAUCCGUCUCCACUCAGCCACUGACGUCCUCCCAAGAGUACCUAGAGUUACAUAAGCGUGAGAGUGACAUAUAA